CUGAGGUAGUCUUGGGCUCUGGCAGCGAGAGCCUUCGCACACCAUGCAGUCCACGGUGGUGGUCAAGGCGGGCAAGGGCAGCAACCCCAAGACCGCGCUGUACGUGGGCGGGCUGGAGAGCACGGUGAACGAGGCCGCCCUCCACUCCGCCUUCAUCCCCUUUGGCGAGAUCAAGGAGGUGUCGUUGCCGCUCGACCAUGCCACGGGCACCCAUCGCGGCUUUGGCUUUGUGGAGUUUGAGGCGGCGGAGGAUGCGGCAGACGCGAUGGACAACAUGCACAACUCGGAGCUGUACGGCCGAGUGCUGCGAGUCAACUAUGCACAGCCCAAUAAGAUCAAGGGCGGGGACAAGGGCUGGGCGUCGCAGGCGGUGUGGGCAGACGCAGACGACUGGUACGAGAAGCACAUUGCGGAGGAGGAGCUGGAUAAGCUGACGGAGCAGCAGGAGAAGGCGAGCAAGAAGACGGCGCUGGAUGGAGAGGUGGCGGACGCGGCGGCGGCGCUGGCGGCGGCGGACGCGGCGCCCGCGGAGGGGUAGCCUCUGGCGCGGUCGCGCCUGGGGCCGACCCAUGCUGGCGCUCGUGGCGCUUGGAUGCGCCACUAGAUGCCAUGAGUGCGGCGCGCCAACACCACUAUUUGCCUGACUUCUGACCUGCUGACUGCCUGCUCUCUGCCUCGCUUUGUUCCUUCUGCUCCUCGCUCUCUGCUGCCGCUCCUCGCCUGUUUUUUUGUUUGCUGUUGCUCUUGGCAAGUAAGGACUGCAAACCAUGAGC